AUGCGCUUCCGUCCUUGCAUCGACCUGCACAACGGCGUCGUCAAGCAGAUCGUCGGCGCCUCCUUGCAGGACGGCGCUGACCCGCAGACCAACUUCACAGCCGAUCAACCCGCCUCCUAUUUCGCCGACCGCUACCGCCAGGACGGCCUGUACGGCGGUCACGUCAUCAUGCUCGGUCCGGGCAACGAGACCGCCGCUGCCGCCGCCGUGACCGCCUUUCCCGGCGGCUUGCAGGUGGGCGGGGGCAUCAACUCGCAAAACGCCGCGGCGUGGCUGCAACAUGGCGCUGCCGGCGUCAUCGUCACCUCCUAUGUGUUUCAAAACGGCAAGCUAUGCCGCGACCGGCUGCAGGACAUGGUCGAUGCGGUCGGCGCCUCCCGCCUCAUUCUCGACCUCAGUUGCCGCAAGACAGACGGUCGCUACGUCGCCAUGACCGACCGCUGGCAGACCGCCACCGACCUGGAAAUCAACGCUCCCACACUGGCCGAUCUGGCCCCAAGCUGCUGCGAGUUUCUCAUCCACGCCACCGCGGUGGAGGGCCGCCAGGCCGGCAUCGACGCCGAGCUCGUGGCGCUGCUCGGGCGCAUUGCGCCGUUGCCGGUCACAUACGCCGGGGGCAUUCGCAGCAUGGCGGACGUCGAGCAGAUUCGGGAGUUCGGUCAGGACAAGCUGGAUUUCACGGUGGGAAGCGCCCUCGACCUGUUCGGCGGCACCGGGCUGCGCUACGCGGACCUGGUGGCCCUCAACCGGCGAAGCUGA